AUCACAAGUGUCAGAUUGUGACAUCACCUCCAUUGCUGAUUCCACUCAGGCACCAGCAGAGCCUGGGACAGUCUGGGGCAAACCUUGACUUCCGCCAGCCAAGACUGCAAGCAUGUGACACCAGCGAGGGGAGCAGCUCCUGGUCUUCAGCUGUCCCCAACGUGCUGCAGAGCACACGGAUGGCCACAGGGACAGACAGCAACUGCCCCAUCUGCCAGGAGACUUGGGAUGACGCGGCUUCAGUUCUGCCCUGUUGCCACCAGUUCUGCCUGGGCUGCAUCCUGCGGUGGGCCACAACAAAUCCCUCCUGCCCGCUCUGCAGGACAGCAAUAGAGACUGUCAGGUUUUCCGAGAGGCGCGAACAGGACUAUGUCCAGUUUGUCAUCACGUCCCCUGGGGAGGCAGCAGAGACCAGCAGCCAGCCAGGGACAGCUGCCCAUCGGCUGGACGAGAACAGCCCCCAGGACCCUGCACCUUCUCCACAGGGGAUGCCGCCCCCAGUUGAGCCUUCAGAGCUGGAGCCUGUGGGUGGCCUCCUGCCCGAGAUAUGGGCAGGACUUUUCCGUCAAGGACAGCUCCUCCUGGAGCCCGUGCGGCCCUGGCUGCGCCAGAGGCUGCAGGGAAUAUUCCAGGACCAGUGGUGGCUGGUAGAUGCUGCAGAGAGCUCCAUCCUGUGUGAGCUCUGCCUCCAUGGUCUGAAUGAGGCGAUCCUGGUCCUGAGGUUGCAGAGCCGCCUGGAGGAACACACAGCACCCCUUGUUCAUGACCUCAUCAAUCCCACGAUACCAGAGAGGACAACAGCGCCAGCCCCAGCAGCUCCAGCUCCCGGGUGA